AGAAUCCGGCAUUCACCCACGUAGAUUCAGUUUUGGAUUUGGAGACUUUCCUACUUGCCGAAACUAGAAAUAGCGACAUCCAAAGCCCAAAUCCAAACCAAAGUUCAUCCACUCAAGAUUCUUCACAAACCUCAAGCGCUGCCGCUCUUUACGACAAUCGUUCAACCUCUUUAUACCCUGAGCUUGUCACAACGCAUCAUCUCAGCGGUUCAAGCAAUCAUGUCUUUUGCUCCGAGCGAUAGCAACACUUCUUCUCCGGUCGGCCAGCUCACCCUACCUGCAACAAAACAAGCCGGCCUUCUGCUCCCUCGGUCCACUGCUGCGAUGGAGAUGACACCAGCUCCUGAUUGCAAUAUGAAUUUCGAGGAUUGGGCAGGUGUCUGUGCCAACAGCGUGCAGACCCUGACACCCAGUCCGGAGUGCCAGCCGCUGUCAAGCUACGACCUCAACAUGAACCAAAGCUGCGCCGAUAUUUCGACCUUGGCCAUGACCACCGCCCAAGCUGAGGUUAUGAUGGCAGCCCAGUAUGCCCUACCGACUGAGCUCGACGGUCUCGGUCCCAUUCUUGACUUCAACACCAUGGCAGAGCAAAUGCCUUCCAUCAUGGCACAAACCGCCAUGGGCGACCUCGGCUCAGGCUUUGACUUCAACACCAUGCCAUCACAAAUCGCUCCCACCACACACUCUACCUUUCUGACACCGUCUACGCCUCCCUGUCAACCGUUCGAGCUCUCAGCCACACCGGUGAGGUCACCCGCCAGGACUCGCCUCCCAAGCAAGGUAUCCAGAAUGCAGUCCACCCAAGCGCCUUCGGGCAGCAACAGGACCGGUUUCAAGAUCCCACCGCCGUCUGCCGACCAGCCGAGGACCUGGCACACGUGGGCGCCUUGGAUCAACUCGCUGACCGAGGUCGAGCUGCGCAAGCUCGAGACGCGACAGCUCGCGCCGCUGUACUACCCGGAAGGCAUGACGCCCGAGGACAAAAAGAUGACGAGCGAAGCCAACCGUAGAUUGCAGCAGGCCAAAAACUACAAGCGUCGCCAGAUCAACAACGCCGCCGCCGCCAAGUCGCGCCGCAAGAAGGUCGAGGACCGUGAUCGUGCCCUCCAAGAGUGUGAGCUCGAGAAAGAAAAGAACAAGCGCCUCAUCGCCAAGCUCGAGAUUGCCGAGUCCACGAUUGAGCACCUUGAAAGCAAGUUGGCAAUUUUCACUGGUGUGAGCUGUUGAUUUUUAUUUGGCGAUCAACUCGCCAUUGGAAUAAGUCUGUCUUUGGCUCGACCAGCGUCAUUUCUCUUGCCGUUCUUGGGUGGUCGGAACCCUUUUUGACGAUCUCUCGACUGAUGAAUACCCACUCUCUGCUCUUGCUCUAGCUUCAUUCUUUUUUUUUUUUGUGUUUGGCACUUUGGCUCGAUAUAUCAUUUUUUUCCUUUUUGCUCUGAUUGUGAUCCAACUCUUUUUCUUGUCUUGCACUUGAACAUUGAGGCAGGCUUUUGAGCAUGUGUUGGCCAAGACGUUGCCUAAACGGGAACUCAAGAAUUUGUUGGGUCGGUCGGCAUCUCGCACGGAGUAUGGCUUGAAUUUAUCAGCAUGCUUUUAAAACUGGGGAUAUGAAAGAAUCGUCGGUAGAUAUGUUUUUUUUUCUCUUCUCUUUAGCAAAGUGCUUUCUUUCUCGCUUGCAUUGUAUCGGGCCAAACUUUUAGAUGGAUGCUCUAGUCUAGAACUUAUAUUGAACUGGCCACUUCCA